AUGGAAGCGGAUAACCAUCUGACGGGCCUGCAGUCCCUACCUGUUGAGAUCCUGCGCUGCGUCAUCCGCCUUGUGGACCCCAUUGGCGUCAUGUCGCUUGCGCAGGCAAACUCCUACUUCCGAAGGAUCAUCGACCCAGGCAAAAUAGAGCUUGGAGAACGGCUGCUCCAGUUAGAAACCAGACCUGAAUACGGGGGCAGGUUGUCCUUGCCUGGCGCCGGAGGGACUCAGUCUCCCACCCGGAGAGGAAGCUCUCCGCGGGACAUUGACCUGGUAGGCAGGCGAUGGGCUUGCGUGGGAUGUAUGAGGCUUCUCUCACACAUCAACUUUGACAACCACUCUCUGCUCAAGCUUAGGUACCGCAAGCCCAUCCCUGGGACUCCUGCUCAUAGCCCCAUCACAUCAUGGGACUUGCCCCGAUACCCCUCACGGGCCAGGCCUCGUAGACCCAAAUCUAACAAGGGCCGCGAUGAUCAGACAGCCACCGACACGUCAGGGCUCAAUCUAGACGACGAUGAUGAUGGCGGCUGGGAAAGUGAUCUGCAGGAAGCGACUAGAGUUCUCAAUCUAUCCGAAGACCUCCAGAAGAAGCGAGAGCUGGUGCGUUGGGGCGACAAGCGCCAUCUUCGCCGAUGCAACGAGUGCCGCUUCCAAAUGGGCCACAUUGGCCGUAGGCGAAACCCCCUUACCGGAUCCAUGACAACUCCCAUACAAAUGAGCCGGAGAGUUUUGUUCGCCGAUGCCAUUGAGCGAUAUUUCCCAGGCUACCUGGACACGUUGGGCAAGGAACGGCCACUUCCCGCGCCGCCCGUGCUGCGAUGGUUAAAUCCCGCUCGAACCGACUACAGUUGGACCAUGUGCAUGCUCCGAUGCCCCGGCUGUGCACUUUGGCAAGAAUGGCGGGAUUUUAUCUUUGCCAACAGCGUCCUGAACUUGCCUGGCGUAGAUUAUCCACUCAACCUACCUGAGAUCCAGGCCCAACUCUCUUCGGAGCUCACCCUCUGUAACCAUUGUACGGCGGAGAGGCGGGGCCGAGACACUCUAGGGCGGCGUCUCAUCACGGGCUUGCGCUUUCACCUUUCUCAGAAAAUCAUCUACAUGGUCCAGAAAAUUGAACGCGGGUUUUUCUUGAUGCGCAUGUCCCUCGGCAAUGGGCAGCCUUACCGCACUCUCAGUGGAGAGGAUAAAGCUGAGCUGAGAAAUUGUCUCAAGGGCGUGUUCCGCGGACCAGGUACACCUCUACAGUCUGACGCAGAGAGGAUGGGAAUCCUGAGAGAGCGAUUCGCUCAGCUAACGGAGUUCUUCCAUCGGCUGCUUGAUGAGUAUGAUCUUGAGGCGCAACUGAGCGACUUCACUAUGUGGCAUGAGCUCCAACUGUGGAUGGAGCAUUACCAUAACUAUGAGAGAAUGUUGUACUGGGCCAAGGAUAUUCUGGAUGGUGAUGUGUUGAACUCUGAUAGCAUCGUUGAUUGGGCCUUGGCUCGAGAUGGGGCUUCUCUGAGUUGA